GAACAAGCAGCAUCUCAAGAAAACGUAGACCCGUUAAAUGACGCUUCCAUAAGUGACAUGGAGGUCAGAAUUCAACGUCUGGAAUCUGAACUCUCUGAAGUGAAAAUGUCUCAAGAUUCUUUUAAAAUAGAAUUGGAGGAAUUUAAGCGCCUCUUCCUAGAGGAAUUAAAACUUACAACAUCACUGGAAAACAAAUUAAACAAUACUAAUGACAUGCUGGCAGAGAUGAGAACCCAGCUUCUCAUGAAGUCACCACGAGACACUUCACUCAGCACCGCUCCUAGCAGGCCAGUCCUGAUGCCACCUUGCAUUGGAAGGCUAAAUGAUUGGUUGUUACCUCGAGGAAAUCUCGCUCCAAGAGAACAGUUGGUGAUUCGUACGUCAACCCCACAGACUUCUAAUAAGGGCACCUUGACCAACUUGUUGAAGGAGCAGCAGGAGUUGGUGGAAAGCAUAACUAGAGAUGUACAAGAAGAUCCCCUGUACCAGAGCCCCUCCUCUGCAGGUGAUGUUCCCCCUUCAGGCUCUGAAAACCCGCGCUGGGCGGUCCCUGUGCUCCUGUGUUGA